GGAACGGCGAUGCCUUUAGUUGUGGCAGUGAGAAAUUUUGGGAGAGCCUUGGUGCGAGCCGUGACUCUCACUUGGGGGGGCUGGCGGCAGCUUCAUCGCUUUGUAGGAGUUAAUGCAGCUCUCAGCUUAAAUGCGGGUCCUUGAGAGAGGACGUAAACGUCCCUGUGAGGUGAAGAGGAAGAAAGACAAGAGCAGCAGGGAAUGCCAUGACACAAGACGGGGAAAAUGAAAUGGCAUUCUUUCUGCAGCGUAGGGUGCGAGGAUAUGGAAAUACAGAUACACUGCAACACAACUUUAUCGAGGACCACAAUGAAUGUGGAACAUGAAAUUAGCCUCUUAGUUGAGGAGAUUCGGCGGCUGGGAACCAAAAAUGCUGAUGGACAAGUGAGCGUGAAAUUUGGUGUGCUGUUUGCUGAUGAGAAGUGUGCCAACCUCUUUGAAGCCCUGGUGGGAACGCUUAAGGCGGCAAAACGACGAAAGAUCGUCACUUACCAAGGAGAGCUGCUUUUACAAGGUGUUCAUGACAAUGUGGACAUCAUGCUGCUUCAGGACUGAUGCAGUAUUUCAGCUAUGCAUUAAUGGAAUUGUUUGAAACAGUUUGAUAAUCGAACAGUUGUUUGAUUUGCCACAUACUCCUAAUAAGGCUGAUCAUUCCAAGGCAUUUUGAUGUAUUUUGUAUAUCUUUAUAGUCAAAAGAAAACUGUCCUAUUUUGGAAAACAUUCCCUUUUGUAAGUCUUCCUGAAAUGGUACUGUAUGUGAAUAACGUAAAAGAUGCCAGAUCUUUUUCUUUUUUUUUUUACUUUUUUUUGGUUUUGUUUUUUUUUUAAUCUCAGGUAAUUCUCUCAAAUGUCUGGUGGUCAUUUUCAACAUAUGAAGAAGAAGACUGGUGAUUUAAUGUUUACAAAUGAAAAUGUGCCAUGAAAGUAUCAAAUAAAAGCACAUACUUAAAUUUGUGUUAUUCUUA